AAAAGACGCCGCCUUUCUUCUUCUCUGCAAACAUUUCACGAGUGACUCCGAACUCAGAUAAAUCUUAACUCUCAGUUCCAUUGGUGUUUCGACCAACAGCCACAAUCUUUUUUGGUGUAUAAGUUAUACUCUCAGUACUCAAGAAUUAAAAAGGGGAAGAAAUUGGUAAACUCUAUCGCCGGAGAAUUUUCGGUUUAUCCUCCUAUUCGUAUGGAACUUGAUUUAUCUGUUCUAGGUCGUUCUUUCAUUGUCACCAGAAGGAACUCAAGUAUCACGAGACCAUGUAUCCAAAGCUCGAAUUUUUCAGUAAGAGUUCUUCAGAGAAACAAGCAUCGCCCACUCUGUUUCUCCACUAAUCCGUCCAAUUCCAGUUUUAUUAGAUUCCAAAAAGGAUGUGACUUUAGUCAUAGAUGUCAGUUUGUUGUGUUGAGUGCGACUGGAGAUCAUGUGGGUAUUAGUCAGAAACAUUCCGAUUCCACCGAAAAAGUCGAUUCGAUUAGGAUUUUGCUGAAACGGGGAAUCGUUUUAGGGGCAGUGGUGUGUGGAGUUUUGUUUUAUGGAUGUGGGAAAGUAUUAGCAUCAACAAGUGUGGUGGAUGUGGCUUUUAGUAAGAGUAUAUUGUUGUUGAAGAAUGCUUGGCCAAAAACUUCUCAGGUUCUUAAGGUUCUUAGAGAGCAAGGUCUAAUCUUAGCUGUGCUUCUCGGUUUAUCAGCAUUCUUCUCCAUGGCAGAGACUUCCAUCACCACUCUCUGGCCCUGGAAGGUGCGCGAGUUGGCUGAAAAAGAGCCUGAAAAUGGCGUUUUCAGGAUGCUCCGCAGUGAUGUUACCAGAUUUUUGACAACCAUACUUAUUGGAACAACUGUUGUUAAUAUUGCGGCGACUGCCUUGGUCACUAAAGCGGCAACAGCUAUUUUUGGUGAAGCUGGUGUUAGUGCAGCCACAGGAGUGAUGACGGUAGCCAUAUUACUCCUGACUGAAAUAACUCCGAAAAGUGUAGCGGUUCACAAUGCUCAAGAGGUUGCCAGGAUUGUGGUCAGACCAGUGGCGUGGCUUUCCUUGAUAUUAUAUCCUGUUGGAAGAGUAGUAACAUAUCUUUCGAUGGGAAUUCUGAAAAUUCUUGGUUUGAAAGGACGGAGUGAACCAUAUGUUACUGAAGAUGAAUUGAAACUAAUGCUACGUGGUGCAGAAUUAAGUGGGGCUAUAGAAGAGGAAGAGCAGGAUAUGAUUGAAAAUGUGUUAGAGAUAAAGGAUACGCAUGUUCGAGAGGUGAUGACUCCUCUUGUUGAUGUAGUUGCAAUAGAUGGCAGCGGCAGCCUGGUUGACUUCCAUAACUUUUGGGUGACCCAUCAAUACUCAAGGGUUCCUGUUUUUGAGCAGAGGAUUGAUAACAUAGUUGGUAUUGCAUAUGCUAUGGAUCUCCUAGAUUAUGUUCCAAAGGGUAAAUUGCUUGAAAGUACCACUGUGGUGGACAUGGCACAUAAACCUGCAUUCUUUGUCCCUGAUUCGAUGUCAGUUUGGAAUCUUCUUAGAGAGUUUAGAAUAAGAAAGGUUCACAUGGCAGUUGUUCUUAAUGAAUAUGGUGGAACCAUCGGAAUAGUAACUCUUGAAGAUGUGGUCGAAGAGAUUGUUGGUGAAAUAUUUGAUGAAAACGAUUCAAAGGAGGAAAUUCAGAAGAAAACGGGUUAUAUCGUGAUGAGAGCAGAGGGGAUAUAUGAUGUUGAUGCCAACACUUCGAUUGACCAGUUAUCUGAAGAACUCAACAUAAAGAUGGCAGAGGGCCAUCAGUAUGAGACAGUCUCAGGUUUUGUCUGUGAGGCCUUUGGGUAUAUCCCAAAGACAGGUGAGAGUGUGACGGUAGUUCUUGAAAAGGAAAACUGGGAAGAGAAUGAUGAACAAGACGAGGGUAAGCACGAGCGUCAAGAUCAGAAGGAGAAGCACCAAAUUUAUAGACUAGAGAUACUAGCAGGGAAUGCCAGAAAAGUGAGUGCAGUCCGGUUCGAACGAGUUAGUGAUAUGGAUCAAGUGUCAGAGGCCCGAGAUGUAAAAAACAUGGUUCCCAAAUUCGUAAGAAAAUGGAGCAGUGAGGAAGAUUCCGAUGGUAAUCUCCAAGCCAAGAAUGCCGUCUUUGAUGAGCAUCUAAUUGCAGAAACUGAAAGUAUGAAGAAAGAAUAAUGAUAAAAGAGGAAAGAGGUGUUGUAAGUUUAAAUUGCAUGUAUAGAAAGACUCGUUAUAAUGUUCACCAGAAAGUAGUAACUAUACCUUCUUAAUACAUGUUGGGAAACAAUUUAUUCGAAAUUUAUGAGGAAUACGAGAAAAAGUCCGAUGAGCACACAAAUAGCAGCUUUCAGGUCUUCCGACUUCAUACUUGUCUGAUUCUAGCUAGCUAGCUAGGUUUCCCAAAUCUAAGAAAUUGUUUGACAGAAUAAUAAAGAAAGUUAAUAUAUUUCACUAGGCAGUGUAUGUGUUUAUACACACGCUCACCGAUGCAAUUAGGAUUCAUUACGUUAGAGAUUAAUUAGGAUUACGAUAACUAUGAAUAUUCCACAUGAGUCUUUUAUGUUUUAGGAUUCAUAACACAAUACUAAAAAAGAUUUGCAUUUUGAUGAGAUGAACUUAAAGGAUUCUCGGAGAUCGUUAUGCGUAUCGGCUUGGAGAAUCGAAGUAAGGGUGCUCGGAUGAUAUAAGAUUUAUCGAUCAAAGAGAAGUCAUACGUUGUGACUAGAUGAUGAAGAAAUAUAGCCAUCUGAAGCCUAGCAAACUCUGCUCCUGCACAUAGUCUUGCACCACCACCAAACGCCAUGAACGUUUUAGAGCCAGAAAGCAAU